AUGUCUUGCGGCCGCGUGAUAGGAGAGCGAAAGAAACACGCGGGACAGGAAGUCAAAUACUGUUCCGCACGGUGUCGAAACAAUAAACCUCGCCCUGUUGACCGAAGGAUCGAGGCAGUCUUCGCCGCACUACUAGAUGGCGCAACGCCUGAGUCUCUAAAAGAUAAGGAGAGCGAUUUGCAAGGCGAUGGUGGCCCUGUGAGCGGGCAUGGCAAAGAAUUCCACGAGAAGGCUAGCGGUAAAAAGAAAAAAGCAGUAAAAGGCGAUCCAAGGAUCAUCGUCGAGUGCGCGACGGUCGAGGAAAUAGUUUUUCAGAGAGAGAAGGAUCCUACUAAGGUUUUUGGAAGGAGGAAGAAUAGGGCUGCGAGAGGUGUGUUGGAGAAAGAGGAUGAGUGGCGAAGUGUGGAUAUGGUUGAUGAUCUUCCUCCCGCAGCACAACCAGCGGCUCCCGAUGCAACAAGUAAUGAGAAGCCCACAUCGGAUUCAGAACUUGAGCACGCCACGGGUGGUAUCGCUUUGAACGAACAGGAUACGGAAAACCAAGUUUUCGGAUUUGGUGGCGGCAAAAUCCGCCCUCCGCAAGAGAAAUCAGAUAUAAACGGCAGCAUUGGGGGUGAGAAGGGCUGGGCGGAACGAACCCACGAAACCGACGAGAUGAAAGCGAAAAGGAAAGAAGGUGAACGAAGAGCUGAAGAGAAAGAGAUGGUCAAGAGGGCAGCGAGACGGGGUGUUGCAUUUGGGUUUGGCAGCGGUGAAGAGAAGAGGAAAUGUGAGGCCGUGAUGAAGGGCGUGGUUGUUGAAAGUAGUUUUGCAAAGGGCGAGUGGGGGAUCAGGUGGAGGGAAAAGGAAUAG